CGUGGGAAGUCGUGGGUGUUGGUUCCGCACCCACGUCCACUUUCCAGAAGGCUUUCGUUGUCUUUAUCCCCUCCCCGUGCAGUGGGGAUUCACCUACACCCCCAUCCCAAAAAAAAAAAGGAAAUGUUGCUGCUCUUCUAACUUCAGAAGUGGUGAUUUGGGGCGAAUUCAUAAGUGCGCCACUGAGUAGGCUCCCUCGACUUAAGGAACUUUUAUGCGGCUGAGUGCGCCGUGUUAAUCAUAAAACACUUCUUGCCGUCCUUAGGACAAGGAAAACACGCCGUGGAAGCCUGGCUUGCUUGAAAGUACCUGGGAACAAGCGCAGUGGCUAAAGAGCAAAGGAUUGAAGGCUGGAUGUGGUGCUGCACGCUUCUAAUCCCAGCACUCAAAAGAAGGCUGAGGCAGGAGGAUUGCUGUGAUUUGAGGCCAGCCUGGACUAGAAGGUUGGGCGUGGAAGCCUUGCUCCCUCUGGCAGAACAUCCUUCUGUUGGUGUUUGGUUUGUGUUUUGCUGCUGGCUUGGCUGGAAUCUUUGGAACGGUGACAGCAGCAGGGCUAAUGUUCGUAUAUUUGGUCAGAAGCUGCAUCACAACCCUCAAGAUGAAGGGCAGAACCUGGCCUUGGAUGCAGGAGACCCUGGGUUUGAUUCCCGGCAUCAGAACUAAGAGGAAGGGCCAGGGAGAUAGCUCAGUAGAAUAAGCGCUCAGAUUACUAGCAUUCAGAACAGCAGGCUUCGGCUACACAGCUCCUGUAUCCAAGAGCUAUGAGUUGGAAUACAAAGCCACAGAGGGCCACGAUGCCACCGCCAUAUCGUAAUAUCCAGCCUGCCUUUUCUCUGCAGUAUGUAGUGAACCAGUUUUCCACCACAUCUCCAAGUUCUUUCCCUUGUCCUGCAAGUAACCAGGAAGGCUUCAGCUACCUCAAUUCACACACUAAUUCGCACACGGCACUCCCAAACAUGAGCAGUCUUGGCGGACCUCUUCAGAUCCCUGCUUCUAAUCUGCCUAGCAGGACAGUGGUGGCCUCACAGACUUCAGUAGAAAGAGCAGCACACACAAAUGCUAAAGGACCAACGGAGCCGAGUCAUAAUUUGCACGUGGCUUCAGGAGUUACGCAAAACCCAAGGUUGAACUCUUCAAUGAUGAGUUCUAUGCCUUCUCACACAGAGGCAGCGGUGUCUCACCAAACGCGCUUUGGAACUAACCCAGCUAACUCCCACAUGCUGCAGGGUCAACAUACAGCCUCAGACAGCUGCACUGUACAACUGCAGGUAACUCCAAAUUCUGCAAGAGUCCCCGGAGCUUUACAGGGAAGUCAAGGAUUACAGCAGCCAUUGCCAGGUCAACAGCUUGAUUGGCCACCACACCAUGCAUCUGAUGAGCUGAUGUUCUCAGACCACCGGCCACUGCCCAAGCAACACUCCUACUCAGGACAUGGCUUCAUGCAAGAUCCUAGUAUUCUUAAAAGCAGGCUCAUGCCUUCAGCCCCAUCACAGGUCACGUACAGCCAGCUCCCAGCUUCUGCCCAGUCUACCCAGGCUGCAGGGUUGUCUUGCCAGUAUGCCCUGCAGACCAGCACAAGGCUCCCUCAGUACUGCAGAUACAAAAUCCAAUCCCUGCCAAAUGCACAGUACGUCAUCAAACAGCUGUCUGUCGACGUUCCUCAGAGUCCAGAGACUGUCUCUUCUGAGGUGAAAAAAGAUUUCUGUCAGGGCUUUCAGCAGCAGUGGCAAAGUACAAAUGAAAAUGUCUCCACAUUGGGGAAUGUCUAUGACAUAAAAGGUGAUGCCAAUGUCAAACAGCCUUUUAGUGAGCCAGUGAGGACUGUGGAUGGUGUUCAGGCUCAUCCUCAAAGCUGUCAAGAGAAAAGGAUGGAUUCUUGCAAUCCAACUUCAAGGCAAGGACUGGACACGGUUGUUACAAAAGAAAAGCUAGCAAGAGACAUUAAAUCAUUAAUAGAAAUGAAAAAAAAGUUUUCAGAACUUGCAAGGAAAAUUAAGAUUAAUAAUGCGCUUUUGAAGGCAGCAGGUUGUAAGCCGGUAAGUAGCUUGUCUGGUGAACCAGCUCAGCAUACUGAGUUCGCAGUAAAAGAGUCAUCUACCAAAAGUCAUUGUUCCAUGGAACUGGUAAAGACAUGCCUUAGUCUUUGGAAAGACAAACCCUCAAAAACAGAGGAAAAGGCUUCAGAACCUGCAGGAGGAAAACAGGCUAACGAGUCAGUAACAAGCGCCUCAGCUGGAGUUUCAAAGCCCCUUGAAGUCCCCAUCCAGAAUCCUUGCUCAGCUGAGAGAAAUGCUCAGAACAAAACUGCAAACCCAUUGCAGGCAGCGACUUUGUCCAUGCUGGUGCAGAAUUAUGAGCCUUUGUGUACAAAUGUCACGAAGGGUUCAGAGCUCCAGAUUGCUGUAGUGUCGCCCUUAAUUCUUUCAAAUGUUAUCAACGAAAUGACACCUGGAACUCUACCCGAAGCGGUGUAUCCUGUCAUCAAAGAAGGCAGCAUUUGUAGCCUGCAGAAUCCGCCGACAGAGCAUGCAGUGGUGACUGCUGCCUUGAAUGUUGACGUCAUCGCACCAGUGGUGAAUCCAGCGUCGGCCAGGGUUUUUCCUGUGAUGCAGAAGGAAAAGCAUGAGCCACAUAAUGGUAAUUUACAAGACACGCCUGGGGCACAUGACAAACAGGGCUGUCACCUGAGUGGUUUGCAGACCUGGCCUAAACCAAACAAUGGAACUCUUGUAAGUGAUGACUUAUUACAGAUCGAAAAUAUCUGCUCUCUUGUUGAAGGGGACAAAUCUUAUAAUUCCAACAUUGCAAAGAUGUUCCACUCGUCCCCUUUGAAAACUGUUGAGCCACCGAAACUUGAUGUUCCCAGUCAGCAAGUAUUUCAUAGUGGACAACACAAAAAAGUAGAGCAAGGUGCUGAGAGUAGAGGUGACAGGUGGCUGCAAUGCACAGACUUACUGCGUGCAGCAGCUGUGGAGAGUAAGAAAGAAUCGGCAGAGCUCUUGGGUUCUUCCUCUGUUAAGCCUGUUGAGUCGAGGAUCCCAGUGGGCAGCAGCCCAGAAAGGCCCCCGGAGAAUGUGGGCACACCCAGCGAUGCAUUUUGCUGUCCAGCUGCCGAGCCAGACAUUAACUCAGGGGACAUUGACACCUCUGGCAGUGACCUUGCCCACCCUGCUGCAGCAAGUGGGAGUCAUGACCAUGCUGCCUUCUGCCUACAAGACCAGCUGUCUGAACUUUUGAAAGAGUUCCCUUAUGGCAUGGAAAGUCUAAACUCAUAUGAGGAGAGCUUUAGGGGGCAAAAGAAGACAGAGAAGGUCUCAGAAGAUCAGACAGUGGGUAAAGUUGGGUUUGAUGCCCAGGGAUCCACGGAGCAAAUAAAAAUUACAAUACUAAGCUCAGAACAAAUGAAAGAAUUAUUUCCUGAACAAGAUGAGCCCCAGGAUAUAAAUGCACUGCAAUCCACUAAGGUAAACAAACCUGCAGAACCUCUGAAACAAAAGCAAGUGGCAGAAGUCGGGAGCCAGUGUGAGCCACAGAACCCUGUGGGAGGAGAGAGUCCAGGUUUUGAAGAGAACACAGACCAAAUCCAUUGCUGUGCACUGGGCUGGCUUGCCAUGAUAUAUGAAGGGGUCCCCAAGUGUCGGUGUAACGUGGAGGAGGUGGCUAAGAAGGAAGCUGGGCAGGAGCAGGCUCUGUUGGAAUCCAGCAGUUGUCAACCAGGACAGCAAACCUCUGAUGCAGAUGUCACGCUCAUUAAAUUUGAUGGUGUUUCUCCUAAUCCCAGGAUUCCUCUGGCUGCUGCUGCAGCUGAGAAAAGACAGUCGCCUAAAAUACCAGGCAGUGACUUAAAAGAUGCAUCCAAAACCAGGAAGGACAGUGCCCCAAGGAGACUGGAGCUGCCGGGUCAGCUUCCUCCCAAGUGUAAAAGCAGUGACAGAAAAGAUGCAGCUGAAGCAAAACAGGAAGCUUUGACAGACACAGGGCAGGAAGGGAUGACUGGCCAGCUUCCAUCUCAGGCUGAUCAGCUGGAGUCCUCACAAAGGCUUAAAGGAGUAAAACUGAAAUGGCAUGCAGUACAUUUCCAGCCCAGCAGUAAAAUGUCUUCUGACCAAGCUUCUCAGGAAGGUCCCCAGAAGAAGCACACAGUGCAGAGCUCAAACCCGUCAAACCCCAAAGAGGGUCUUGUCCCAGAUACAUACAGGAAGAAUGGCUCCUUACCUCCGGAAAAGAAAAAAUUAAAAUUGAAAGAAAGCAGUCCCCAAGAAGGACAUCUGGAAAAAAGGAAGUUAGAACAAGGGGAAAUGCCGAGUUUGGAGAUAAAAAAGAAGAGAUAUAAUAAAGGAGAACCUAAUAAAAAUGCAGAAGUCACGCCCAGAUUAUGUGCCACUUCACCACACCCUCUCGAGAGAGCCGUUGUUAAAGAAGAUUCAACAUUAAAUGUGAAGUCCUCCGACUUCAGGCACACAAAGGAAAGAUCCACAGUUAGAGACAAGACUGCGUCACAAGCGCCAUCCAUGGAUGCCAAGGAUCCAAGGGAAAGAGCCAGCAUUCCAGAGCGGGCAGCGUCACAGGCGCAGGUCUCGGAGUUCAAGGACCCAAGGGAGAGAGCCGCGGUUAGAGACCGGGUAGCACUGCAAAUGCAAUCCUUCGGUGCCAUGGAUGCAAGGGAGAGAGCCACAGUGAAAGACAAGAUAAUACCACAGAUGCCAUCCUUAGAUGUCAGGCACACAAGCGAGAGAGCCAGCGUUAAGGAACCGGUGGCAUCCCAGGCCUCAGACUUCAAGGACGCGAGGGAGAGAGCUACAGUUAGAGACAAGUCGGCAUCACAGGUGCAGUCCUUAGAUGCCAGAGAUUCAAGGGAGAGAGCCACAGUUAGAGAUAAGGCAGGGUCGCAGGUGCAGUCCUUAGAUGCCAGGGACGCAAAGGAGAGAGCCACAGUUAGAGAUAAGGCAGGGUCGCAGGUGCAGUCCUUAGAUGCCAGAGAUGCAAGGGAGAGAGCCACAGUUACAGAUAAGGCAGCGUCGCAGGUGCAGUCCUUAGAUGCCAGGGACGCAAGGGAGAGAGCCACAGUGAGAGACAAGAUGGCACCCCAAAUACAGGCUGCCUGGGAUGCCAAGGAUGCGAGGCAAAGGACCACUGUUAAAGAACAGCCAACAUCGCAGAUACAGGCCUCGGACACUAAGGACGGUUUUAGCAAUUCUAAGAAAGUGAUAACACUGCAGGAAUACUACCAGAGGAGGAAGCAGAACACAGCGGCGGCUCACACAGCCAAGAAAAUCUGUUUCGAAAAUGUCUCAGGCAAUUCCACCUCCACAGGCUCUACGAGACUUCAUGCACAGCCAGAGAGUUGCAGACGAUUGAAUGAUAAAGGUGGCAGCAGCAUAGAGACCUCAAAAGUUUGUACAAACCACGGUAAAGACCUUAAAGCCCACCUUUCUGAGACGUCUAAGGCAUGCAACCUCUCACAUGUGGAAGGAAGACUUGAUGGGAAACAACGGACCACAACCAAAUCAGACAAAAACUUAAGCCAGAUAGGCAAUGAGAUGCCUCCCCAGCUAAAGGAGCAGAGGAAGUCGUACCUGAACCGGGUGAGCUUCCGGUGCACGGAACGUGAGCGGAUAUGUCUCACUACACUCAACAGCUCCUCCAGGAAGCUUGGCAAAGAUGAGAAGAGCCAGGAACACAAGCCCAAGGCCUCGAUCCCAGGGCAGAGCUCUGCUGUAAAGCCAAGCUUGCUGGAGUUUAAAUUAUGCCCAGAUGUACUAUUACAGAAUGGAAACACUGUCGAGGACAAGUCUGAUGUCAAGGCUCAUUCCGAGGAGCAGGUUGCUAUGCAAGUUUCAGGAAUAAAAAGUUCAAGAAAAGACUGGAUACAAUGUGUAACUGAGAAGAAAUCGAUGCAAGAAGCUGACCAAGAAAUAGGUGUGAACUCAAGACUCCUACAGCGAAGUGCUAGUGCGGAUGGACGAGAGCUGCAGCAGAAUGCGGUGAAGGACUCCAAGGCCAUGUUUCAGACCUACAAGCAGCUGUACCUGCAGAAGCGGGGCCGCAGCCUGGGCAGCAGCCCCGGCCCAUGACCCAGCACCUGCUUCCUCUGCAUCCCGGGGACUUCCUGUCACAAGAAUCUCUCUCCCAGGAUAUCAUUCAGGAUGCCUACAGCAGAGUGCCCAAGACUGUGAUUACCAUGAAGUUAUGGACAUUGAUCGUGCCUCAUAGAAACCGCUUGGCAGCUCUGUGUUGGUGGCGCACAAAAGAUAGGGGUGGCGUUUGUCAGGGAAGCUGGAAUGUAUUCGAUCUGUAUCCUGAGGGACAUUCGC